AGAGUUGGCAAUACUAAGAGAUCGAGUUGUUGAGUGAAAAAGCAUCAGAAAGUGUUGGUAUAUAUCUUUGAAAAAUAAUGGCCUCUUCUCGUCCGUACAGCUCCGUCCUCUUUUUGGUGAUUGCUAUGCUUUUUAUAGUCACAUUUUCUCAUGUGGCUGAGGCUCAUGGCCGUCAACAGAAGCUUCGUCCUCAAGACUGCAAGCCAAGAUGUGCUUACCGAUGCUCAGCGACAUCACACAAGAAGCCAUGCAAGUUCUUCUGCGAGAAGUGUUGCGCAACAUGCCUUUGCGUUCCUCCAGGCGUCUACGGCCACAAGGAAACCUGCCCUUGCUACAACAAUUGGAAAACCCAGGAGGGAAAACCCAAGUGCCCCUGAUUAAUUUGUUUAAUUUCUUAAUUAUAUGUUAAGACAAUUAAUAUAUAAUAAUUAUAAUAAUAUUGAUUUGAUAGGGUAUCAGCAUUUACCCUCAAUAUUAAAUAUAUUUUAUAAGUAAUUCAUCCUUUCUACCAAAUCAGGGAUUUUAUUGAAAAAUUUGGUUAGAUUAUUAGGUAAUCAUUAUCUAUUUUAUAUAUGCUGUACUGUUACUAAAUUUGAAUUACAUUGCUAGCUGUUGAAAUUUAUGCUUGACAGUAAGAA